GCUGCCCCCCCUACAGGUGCCAGCCCUGCCCCCACUAUGGGGCUGUCCUGGAAAGAGGGGGUCCUCACCAUCCUGCUGGGGGCUGCCGCUGCCUCAGGCCUCACCACACUCAUCCUCUUUCUGGUGGAGGCCACCAGCAUCCUCCUGCCCGCAGACACCAAGUUCGGGAUUGUGUUUGAUGCUGGCUCCUCCCACACGUCCCUCUUCGUGUACAAGUGGCCAGCAGACAAGGAGAACAACACAGGUGUGGUCAGCCAAGCCCUGGCCUGCCAGGCAGAAGGGCCCGGGAUCUCCUCCUACACGUCUGACCCUGCCCUGGCCGGUGAGAGCCUGCGGGGCUGCCUGGAGGAGGCGCUGGCGCUGAUCCCGGAGGCCCAGCACCGGGAGACGCCCACUUUCCUGGGGGCCACCGCGGGCAUGAGGCUGCUCAGCCAGAAGAACAGCUCUCAGGCCGAGCGCAUCUUCGCCGAGGUCGCCCGGGUCCUCAGCCAGUCCCCUGUGGAUUUCCAGGGCGCCUCGCUCCUGGCGGGGCUGGAUGAAGGGGCCUUUGCCUGGAUCACGAUCAACUACGUACUGGGGUCCCUGCUUACGUACACCUUCUCCGGAGAAUGGGCCCGGCCCCCCGAGGCGACGCUGGUGGGCGCCCUGGAUAUGGGCGGGGCGUCCACGCAGAUGUCCUUCGUCCCUGGGGGCCCCAUCCUGGACGCGAGCACGAAGGCCUCUUUCAUCCUCUACGGCUCCAGCUACAGCGUCUACUCGCAUAGCUACCUCUGCUUCGGGCGGGACGAGGUGCUGAACCGGCUCCUGGCCCGGCUGGUGCAGGGCAGCCACUCCGGCCUGGCCCGUCAUCCCUGCUACCACAGCGGCUACCGGGCCACGGUGCCCCUGGCGCCCCUGUUCGAGUCGCCCUGUGUCCACACCUCUAUGCCCCCUGGUGCCGCCCAGAACCUCACGGUUGAGGGCGCGGGAAACCCCGGGGCCUGCGUGUCCGCCAUCCGGGAGCUUUUCAACUUCUCCAGCUGUGAGGGCCAAGCAGACUGCACCUUUGAUGGGGUCUACCAGCCCCUGCUGCAGGGCCGGUUCUACGCCUUCUCCAACUUCUACUAUACCUUCCACUUCCUGAACCUCACCUCUGGGCAGACCUUGGACACUGUCAACGCCACGGUCUGGGAAUUCUGCCAGCGGCCCUGGAAGCUGGUAGAGGUGAGCUACCCUGAGCACACCAGCUGGCUUCGAGACUACUGCGCCUCAGGCCUGUACAUCCUCACACUCCUGCUUGAGGGCUACGGCUUCAGCGAGGAGACUUGGCCCAGCAUUGAGUUCCGCAGACAGGCUGGUGGGACCGACAUUGGCUGGACGCUGGGUUACAUGCUGAACCUGACCAACAUGAUCCCGGCCAAGGCACCAGCCAUGAAGCAGGCAGAGAACUAUGGCAUCUGGGCGGCCGGUAUUGUCCUUGUGGGGCUGACCCUUGGGGCCAUUCUUGGGGCUGCUGCGGUCCAGCUCCUCUGGCCCCGGGACUAG